AAAUGGUUGCGCUCGACACCACGUGACGGGAUUCCUGGAAAGUUCUUGGAAAUCGGUCUUUUGUGUAUUGGUGUGGGUUUAAUGGGGAUUUGGUUAUUAAAAACACAUACCGAAGGAAGGUGAUUCAACGGCGCAGAAAAGACUGUCAUUGGGAUCUGUACCAAAAACAAGACAAGCUGGUUUGGUGACUUUCUGCAUGGUAUUUUACAUCUUAACAUUACCAGCAGCGAGCGAGUCUUGCCAAAUCGAUUUGCCUCGGUCGCGAGACAUUGUCAUCGCCUGGAAAAUAUUCUGAGUUUGUUUGCCAUCUCGCCAAAUUGCAAACGGAUUGAUUAGCCCGCCAGAAGAUAAAUAAUACGACAUGGAAAACUCUAACUAUGUGAUCUGUCAUCUUUCAAUUUGAUCGACAUGGCUAAACUAGCUAGCCGUUCCCUGGAAGUGUAUAGCUAAUGAGCGGUUUUGUGCUUUGUUUAUUAAUCUUAGUCCCCUUUCUUUAGGGAGAAGUGCGUAUUUGAAUGAUCAUCGGUAGUCGUUUGGUGCUGGAUCCACUCGCAAAUAGGACGAUACAUUCAUUCAUAAAAUUCAAGAAGAAACUUGCAGAAGAAACUGGUCUUUCGACUGUGGGGCAACUGCCUGUCUUUUGGGGAAUAUUUUUGCAUUUGUCGGAUGUCUUUUGGCCUACGGCUGGGCAAUUUCGGGUGGUUCCCCAAUGACCUGCCACUCACCCGAAUCCACGGAGACCGUCGAAAAUGAGAGAAGAACGGAUACGGAGUCACGAGUUGUAGAUUCCGAUGAGAAUCGCAUCGCUCAGGCCAUGAAAGACCUUAAAAAUACAGGCUGGUACUGGGGCAGCCUGACCGCCAACGAAGCCAAAGAGAUUCUCCAGGAUGCAUCAGAGGGAACCUUCCUGGUGCGAGACAGCUCCCAGAGGGACUACCUGUUCACCAUCUCUGCCAUGACCUCCGCCGGCCCCACCAACUUGCGCAUCGAGUACAAGGAGGGCAAGUUUAAACUGGACUCGGUGGUGCUGAUCAAGCCCAAGCUCAAACAGUUUGACAGUGUGGUGCACCUGGUGGAACACUACGUGCAGCUGUCCAGGACUACCAGUAAAGGGGCGUCGUCAGGGGCGUCGCAGUCCCUGGCCCCACCCAACGGGACAGUUCAGCUGCUCCUGACCAAGCCUGUGUACACUGCCGUGCCCUCUCUACAGCACCUGUGCCGGAUCGCCAUCAACAACGCCACCAGGCAGGUGCAGGAGCUGCCUUUACCCAACAGGCUGAAGAACUACCUGACGGACUACAGCUACAAUGUAUAGUAGGACUACAAAUCCCAGGUGUGGUGUGGGAUGGGACAGACUACACUCGCUUUUAUGAGUAGUGGGAUAGCGAUCAGUGCAGCUGCCAUGUAGUGGCAGUCAGACUAUCACCCAGUCCGAAGUCAACCUUUAGCCCCAACCACUAGGCAUGGCUUGACGGCCCUCGUACUUCUGGAAGGGUUGCUGUUGAGCAAUAUGGUUAUAGAUCCAAGUCAACUAGUCCUCAGGAAGCUAGGUGAAAUUUCUCUCAUACUACUACACCCUUCCAGUUCCAUUAGCGCUACAGUUGUUCAUCAAAAAGGGCCUAGGAGUUGGAGCUAAGGGUUGAUUUCAGAAUGGGCAUGUCCGCUACAGAACUUGGUGUGGGUACACCUAGGUCAUGUUCAUAAUCUCUGAAACAGGAGCAAAUGUUUUCAAGCCGCGGUGGUAUACCCUACCUGCAGACCAGCUCAGGUAAACAGGGUUUCAGACCCUUCUGAACGAGACCCAGGAGGGAUGGCAGUUGGCACGCACCUUUUUUUGUUCUCUUUUCAAAGCUCUUUGUUGCUUUAUAGACUCUGCCUCUCAUGUCUGAGACAUGAGCAUCUGACACGGUGUCCACUUUUGUUCUGAAUUAUGUUUUCGUUUGUUCAUAUUCUAUAUUUUCUUUUUUUUUGUUCUGUAAUCAUAAGAAGGGGCAGUGUUGGGGAGUAGUGAGCUACAUGUAGUGCAACUAGUCAUGUAACUACAUUUGUCAGUAGCUUGGUGGUAGUUGAACUCAAUUCUAAUCUUGGUAGUGUUUUCAGUUUAUUAAUUAUUUUGCUAACUACUGGAACUACACUACUUUAUUUUUUAAUGGUUAAUUUGGCAUGAACUUCCUUUCUUUUUCGGCAUCAGACCUGCCUAAUUAUCACUUUAAAGUGUUUUUGUUUAAUAGGCAAAAUUAUUAUAAUUUGACUCCAGAGUGAUCUGUUCAUGCAAUUUGUAGUCUGACAUUUCAGAUUUUAGAUAUAAUUUUUCACGUAGUUAUUUGGAUGUAGUGAACUACUUUUUCAAAGUAACUUUAGUUAAGUAAGCUAUAAGUGUAGCAUAACUUCUUCCAGUGCAAAGUAAUUGGUAACUUGGUAAACUAUAUUUUCAGAGUAGCUUCCCCAACACUGAGAAGGAAGAUUAUUUUAUUUUUUUCACCCAGUUCAGAUUUUUUUCUGGUAAAAAAGCACAAGCAAUAUACAGGCUUCAAAUCUGGCGUUGGUUUCUCUCACUUUGUCUCGCUCUGCCUCCUCCUGCUAAGAGGUAAAAAAUUAUUGAUUUCAGUAAGUUCUCAGUCCUGGAUGUUGCUUCCACUGCGAAACAUCAAUACUUCAUCACUGCAUUGUCCUUCAAUAGAAAAUGCCCUUGAGCAAGUCAAUGCUCACACCUCAGAACUAGACCUUGGUUAGACAGACAGGCUGUAUCUAACAUCUAGCUGAUACAGCUGUGAUAAAAGAAGGAAUUACAUUUCCAAGCGCAUAUUGGAUCAACGUGAAUCUUAUUUUCAUCAAUAUUUUUGGAAGUAUAUAUUGACUGUGCUACUGUGUUUUCUAGAAAAAGAACGUAACAAAGUUACAAAAAUAAACUCUGAAAGCAUGCUUUAUCAUUGCCUCUAUUCUGCGAUUUGGGAGGCAAUAAUGAAUGUGAUGUUGGGGUGUCGUGGCGCUCCUGUGUAUUGUUCGACUCAAUCUACAGUACAUACAGUUGAAGUCGGAAGUUUACAUACACUUAGGUUGGAGUCAUUAACUUGUUUUUCAACCA